CCGAAACAAACCCAGGCGAGUUUAUCUAGCUAUCCGCGGGCCGGUCGCGCAAUCUCUCUCUCUUCCCUCCCUCCCUCCCUCCCCGCCCCCUUCCCGACGCGCCGCCGGAAACCCUAGCUCCACCGAUCUAUCUCUCUCCAGCCCAGCCCAGACCGGGAGAGGGGAUGGCGGCGGCGCCGGCGGCGGGAGGGCAGGGCGGCGGGGGCAUGGACAACGCGCUCCUCGACGACAUCAUCCGCCGCCUGCUCGAGGUGCGGACCGCGCGCCCCGGGAAGCAGGUGCAGCUCUCCGAGGCGGAGAUCCGCCAGCUCUGCACCGCCUCCCGCGACAUCUUCCUCAGCCAGCCCAACCUCCUCGAGCUCGAGGCGCCCAUCAAGAUCUGCGGUGACAUCCAUGGUCAAUACAGUGAUCUUUUAAGGCUUUUUGAAUAUGGAGGCUUUCCUCCUGAAGCCAACUAUCUAUUCUUAGGUGAUUAUGUUGAUCGAGGCAAACAAAGUUUGGAAACUAUAUGCCUUCUUCUUGCAUACAAAAUCAAGUACCCUGAGAACUUUUUUCUUCUGAGGGGCAAUCAUGAAUGUGCUUCAAUAAACAGAAUAUAUGGAUUUUAUGAUGAAUGCAAGCGCCGAUUUAAUGUGCGGCUAUGGAAAGUCUUCACUGAAUGUUUCAACACUCUUCCCGUGGCUGCUCUAAUCGAUGAUAAAAUAUUAUGUAUGCAUGGUGGACUCUCACCUGAUCUAACACACUUGGAUGAGAUAAAGAACUUGCAACGUCCAACCGAUGUACCGGAUCAAGGUCUACUGUGUGAUUUGCUUUGGUCAGAUCCAGGAAAAGAUGUUCAAGGGUGGGGCAUGAAUGACAGAGGGGUCUCAUAUACCUUCGGUGCUGACAAGGUUUCAGAAUUCUUGGAAAAGCAUGAUCUUGAUCUUAUUUGUCGCGCUCACCAGGUUGUUGAGGAUGGGUAUGAAUUCUUUGCUGACAGACAGCUCGUCACCAUAUUCUCGGCCCCCAAUUAUUGUGGUGAAUUUGAUAACGCUGGUGCGAUGAUGAGCGUUGAUGAAACUUUGAUGUGCUCAUUCCAAAUUCUCAAACCUGCUGAGAGAAAACAAAUUUAUGGGGUCAAACAAAAUGUGAGAUGGUGAAGCCAUUCUGCUUCCAGCAGCAUUGAGGCUCUCCUAUGGAUGCAUCAAGACAACAGUGUGCUGGCGCCAAGCUUGAGGGCAGCAUUGGGCUACUUCUACCAGAGAAACCAAAUAAUAUCAUACCUAACUGUUCGCCUGGAAGUUACUCUUCAUGGCAAGUGCCUGAAUUUUUUUCCUCUUUCCUGUUACCGCGUGUGGAACAAUCAUGUAGCUGUAGAUAUAUUGAUUAUGGAAGGAUGAAGUUGCCAAAUUGACCUGAGGCGAUUUCCUUCUCCAGCCAGGAACAAUUCUGAACACCAAGGAGUUUCUGUUUGCAAGUUUCACUAUUUAAAAGCAGUUGUAUCACUUGUAUGGAGGUAAGGACUGAGCCGAGGCUGUGUUAUCAGUUUCUUGGAUAUGGAAUGCUGUUUUAGUUUCAAUAGAGGUGCCUAAACAUCAAUUAGGCUGAAGAGUUGAGCAACACUCAAGGAGAUGCUGAUGCUUGCUGACAACUUAUGAAAAGACGAUUCUGCAGCUGACUGUUUGGUUUUCCGGUCAGAUUAGUAUUCUGGACAUCGUGAAUUUUGAUCUGUUGGCCAGAUUAAUUGCCAAUUAGGCGUUUCGUGUCUUUGACUUGCAUCAUGGAAUUCACAUGUGCACAUUUUUGUUAUGGUGUGACAUGGGCGCUUC